AUGUUUGACAUCGAUCCCAAGGCUCGAAAAGAAGUCACGACCGCGCUUAUUAACUCCGGGAGCGCCGCUGUCGGACGAGUGGUUGCCGCCGCCCACUCCUCUGUUAAGAAGCGUGGCGAUCUGAAAUUGGCGCGAGAGAAACGCGAGGCUAAGGUUGCAGGGAAGACUGAAAUGAAGGCUGCUAAGGAGAAGAAAAAUACCACUGUUCGUGCUCAAUACCCACAAUUUCUAAGAAGCUGA